AUGUUUUUAAAUACUGAUUUACAUCGUCGUCAUCUAAGUGAUAAUUUUGAUGAACGUAUUCAACAAUGUCAUCAAAGUUUUGUUGUAACUAUCGAUAAUCAUUUUAUAAUAUCAACUGAUUAUUGGGAUAAAAAUUUUUGUGUAAAAAAUACUGAUAUGGCUAGAACUACACAAGUACUUUAUGGACAUUUUGAUAUAGUUACAUGUGCAUAUCGUUCAGAUAUAACUAUUGCGGGAACUAUUGUUGAUAAACAAUAUCCAAAUCAAGAAAUAAAUCCAUUACCAGCAGCAAUAUUAAUUGCUCAUGAUACAGAAAUAAGAUGUUUAUGGAUAUCAGCUGAACUUGCUAUUGUUUUAACUGGUAGUGAGCAUUGUCUUAUACUUCAACAUACACUUCAAGGUGAUAUAUAA